UUUUGUAUGGGGUUUUGAAGUUGCCAUGACUAGUGUAAAAAGGGACAACAUUUUGCACAUAGCUGGAAGGCUGGGACCUUCAACUCAAGUAGCAGGUGCAGCAUUGCAGAUGCAAAGGGAGCUACAGUGGUACAAGGUUGUGGAAAGUUAUGUCCAUCCAUCCCUUCAAGAACAUCUAAAUUCUUCUGAUCAAACUCCUAGAGAAGUGUUUACUAAAGAGCACAAGGAUUUAUUGAAAGAAGGUGAAAAAUGGAUGAAGGAGACAGCUUCGUCAUGCGCACUUGUUGCUGCUCUCAUAAUCACAGUUGUCUUUGCAGCAGCGUUCACUGUACCGGGUGGUAACAACACAGUAGGGAUACCCCUGUUCUUGCAACAACCAUCUUUCUUAGUGUUUGCUGUAUCAGAUGCACUUGCACUCUUUUCUUCUACCGCUUCACUGCUCAUGUUUUUGGGCAUCCUCACUUCACGUUAUGCAGAAGAGGAUUUUCUAAACUCCUUGCCUAUGAAAUUGAUUAUUGGCCUCAUAACCUUGUUUUUAUCUAUUGCAAGCAUGAUGGUAGCAUUUGGCGCAACUAUUUACUUAUUUCUUUCUCAUCCAUGGAAAUGGGUCAUUAUUCCAAUUUCCCUACUUGGAUGUGUCCCUGUGACUUUGUUUGCAAUGUUGCAGUUUCCUCUCUUGGUUGACAUGUUCUUAUCCACUUACGGACCUAGUAUACUUAAACCAAGGAAAGUAAGGAUGUAAUAAUAUUUAUUGUUCAG